CUCGGGACAACAAUUAUUAAAAUUCAUGCAAAUUAAUUAUCCUAAUUAUUGCAGGUGAAUGCAUAAUUAUACCACACGGAAGAGAAAGACUGGCACUAGUAUAAAAUUUCCAUAAUUUCGCCACGUUUCGUUGAUAUAAAACUUUGAGUAUUUUGGAAAGUUUGUUGUCAAAUUUUGUGUAUAAUUCUGUAGAUAAUACUUAUGAUUCUUUAAAGAACUGGUUCAGAAUGUAUUUACGUAUAUUUGUGCUGUGUGUAUUCAUUAUUUUUCUUUCCAUUGCGAACGCAACUGAGCUAACUUUUGAACUGGAGGAUAAUGCACGACAGUGUUUUCAUGAAGAUGUAAAAAAGGGAACCAAAGCUACGUUAGAAUUUCAGGUUUGUGGCUUUCCUACAUACUAAGAGUUGGAGGUUAUAUAUUUUAAAGUAUUAAUACAUGAAACAUGUUGGCAAGUUAAUUUAAUAUCAUAACAAAUCAAUUUCAUUUGCAAGCAUAGAGGAGCCAGCCCCCUGAAAAAUCUCCCUCCCCCCUGCUGCAAUGCACCCUACUUUAUUAUUUUACUCUGUCUAACACCUGAUAAUUUUACUUGUCAAAGGGAGAGUGCUGUCACUCAAUGGAUUAAUAAGACUGCCCAUGUGCCUAGUUAGUGACAAUACACCCUGAUGUACCCUACUUUAUUAUUUUACUCUAUCUAACGCCAGACGAUUUUGCUCAUCAAAGGCAGAGUGCUGCCACUUACUGGGUUUAGUGGCACAUUGUCGCCGUCUUUGCCAUACUUGGACAUUUUAAAUAAAUAACAUGUUAAACUAAUCACCAGGUUAUCAGCGGUGGUCAAUAUGAUGUUGAUGUCAUCCUAACUGGACCAAGUGGACACAGCCUGUACGACGAGAGAAAGAAACAAUAUGAUAGCCACACAUUCACCGCAGAAAAGGACGGAGAGUAUGUGUUCUGCUUUAGUAACGAGUUUUCAACCUUCACACACAAAGUCGUGUACUUUGAUUUCCAAGCUGGGGAUGAAGAGCCCAAAUGGAAAAGCAUGGGUGGUGAGAAUACGGCAUUAACAUCACUCGAGAUGUCAUCCGUCACCAUGCACGAGUCGUUAAAGGUAGGUGUAUAUCUGGACAAGUUUGUUAACCCACUAAUUGGCUCGUUAACCCACUAAUUGGCUCGUUAACCCACUAAUUGGCUCAAUCCAUCAAAUGGAGAGCAUAUAAAUAAAGUUAGGUAUAUUUAUCAUUUGCUAACGAUAUUUCAUCUUAUUUUCCAGGUUGUUGUUGACUAUCAAACCCACCAUCGUCUCCGUGAAGCAACUGCCCGCGAUAGAGCUGAAUAUCUUAACGAGAGAGUACAGUACUGGUCUAUUGGUGAAUCUGUUCUCAUUGUCAUAUUAAGUAUUGGACAAGUUUUUGUACUGCGAAGAUUCUUUGCAGAAAAGCGAUCAAACAUAUGAAAGCUUAGUUUUUGCAGAAACACAACCUGAAAGACUUUAAUUAAACUUUGUAAAGCUACUGUACUUGGAAAGAUAUUUAAUUUUAUCAUAAAAUAGUGGAAAAUAUUUUGCAAAAAAAUCCCAUUUUCCCUUUUGCAAUAAAUGAAGAACAAUAUAGAAAAUAAUUUGUGUGUGUGCAUAUUUUCUUUGUAUUGUGACAUUCUUACCUCUACAAAUUACGUAUAUUAUAAUUACAUCAUUAAUUUAUAAUUACCACAACAUAGACAUCACGAGUAAGCUCAAUGAAGCCUGUUCUCUUUAAAAAUGUGUCGGUUUUGAAACCACUAUCAAAGAACUAUACAAAUAAUUAAAUCCCCAAAAGGCAUAAAAUUCCCAGAAAUUUUCAAGCUAUGUUGGUUUUGAAAUAUAAGAGUUGGUUGUUCAAGGCCAAUUAGCUUAACUCUGGCUUAACAUGAAGUUCAGAGCAUACUGCCACAGCAGCUUGGAAAUAUUUUUUUCAGAAAUCUUAUCCGGAUCAUUAGAAGUUUAAUUGUCUAAAGUUUUGAGACAAAAGUGACAUACAUACAGUAAACCAAAACAAUGGGUUAAAUUUAACCCAUGGUUAGUGCUAAUCAUGCUUUGAACAACUGGGCCAGGCUUUGUUAUGACAUUAUGUGGUUGAACAAUGCUAAUGUACUAAAUUACAACAUUUCUACUAUAUUACAUUUUUGUGUUGUCUAACAUUAAAAAUAUUCAUUCUUGCUCAACAGUGGUGCAAACAUGUAAGGUCAAAAGCCAAAAUAAUUUGACACUAACCCACUGCUAACUUCAUUAACUCAACUUCAUAUUCUCCCUGGUAGCAUGUAAAACUCUUCAUAAAUAUUGGUCACCUUGCCAGGAAACCACAAAUCUACUAGAAAUGAGAAAUUUCACCUCGCGUUUCAUCCAAGUAGCUUAAUUUGCAUAAGUUUUGCGCGAAUUGUACGAAAUUGUGGGCGAUCUUUGGGCUCGUAUUCCCAGCAUUGUUUCAUUAGGUCAUAAAUAGCUGUGGGCGUGCCCAAAGGAGGUGGCAUGCGAUAGCCACGAUCAACCUGUUCGCGGGUCUCCUGUAAAUAUAGAUAAUACAUGCAUGAGUAGACUCCUCCACAGGCAUCGCCUUAGGAUUAGCAGGCAAAAUUUGCUUGCAGGCAAAAAAAUUGUAUUCUAGCCCUUACCUUAUUCCCCUUACCAGGGUAGGGGGUGUUACCAAGAGAGUAUGUCUCCCAUAACAGCACACCAAAGCUCCAUACAUCACUGGCUGAGGUGUACUGAGUAUAGUUGAGUGCUUCCGGUGCCGUCCACUUCACUGGGAUUUCUCGCAUAUUCGAACAUUCAUAUAAAUCU